UAUCCUCUAUCCAAAAUGGCUGAACUGAGUGCAUGUGAUCCGUGCUCCUUCUCUCGUCCGGACUUGUGCAUCGUAAAAUCCGUCCACUUGGACUUGGAAGUAGAUUUUAAACGCCAGGUAUUGUCCGGAACAGCGGUUCUAACAUUAGAAAGGAUUGCAUCUGAUAUAGAUUCCGUGAUAUUGGAUAUUCGUGAUAUAAAAGUUUUGAGGGCUUGCGAUGUAGAUACCAACCAAACUCUAACUUUUACGGUCUCGGAUCCUGUUGGACCAUUCGGUUCAAAACUAGAGGUAAAGCUGCCACAAACAAAAUCUGUGACAAUAUCCAUCAACUAUGAAACCUCACCAAAAUGCACAGCCUUACAAUGGUUGACAGCUCAGCAAACAGCUGGAAAGAGACACCCUUAUCUGUUUAGUCAGUGUGAGGCCAUCCAUGCCAGAAGUCUUUAUCCAUGUCAAGAUUCACCAGCAAUCAAGUUUCCAUAUACGGCAUCGGUAACAGCCCCCAAAGCGAUAACGGUAUUAAUGAGUGCAGUAAGAACAGGGUCUGAACCAUGUAAGGGUGAUCCCUCCAAAACAGUUUAUAAGUUUAAUCAAGCCGUUCCCAUACCAAGUUAUUUAUUAGCGAUCGUAGCUGGAGAUUUAGAAAGUCGAGAUAUUGGUCCAAGAUCUAAAGUAUGGUCAGAGAAAGAAUUUGUUGAUGAUGCAGCCUAUGAAUUUGCAGAGACCGAGCAACAGUUAAAAACAGGCGAAGAGUUAUUAACAGAAUAUGCCUGGGGUCAGUAUGAUCUACUGAUAUUGCCGCCAUCUUUCCCCUAUGGUGGUAUGGAGAAUCCUUGUCUUACCUUUGUAACACCAACCUUAUUGGCCGGUGAUAGAUCAUUAGCUGAUGUUGUGGCCCAUGAAAUAACCCAUAGUUGGGCUGGUAACUUGGUCACCAAUAAAACAUUUGAACAUUUCUGGUUAAAUGAAGGUCAUACAGUAUUUAUUGAGAGAAAGAUUACUUCACGUAUACAUGGAGGUGAACCAUUCCGACAUUUUAUGCUAGAUUGUGGUUGGCAAGAGUUAAAAAAUACAGUGGAAAAUACCUUAAAGAAUGGUCCGUACACACGCCUGGUACCAGAUUUAAAAGGCGUUGACCCCGAUGAUGCUUUUUCUAAUGUACCUUACGAGAAAGGCUGUGCUUUAUUAUUUUAUCUAGAAACUAUUCUUGGUGGACCAGCUGUCUUUGAACCAUUCCUUAAAGCUUACGUUACCCAGUUUAACAAACAAUCAAUAGAUACACAACAGUGGAAAGAUUUUCUUUAUUCCUAUUUUACUGAUAAGACAGAAAUACUUGACAGUGUGGAUUGGAAAACAUGGUUUUAUGGACAGGGGAUGCCACCGUAUACUCCAAAGUUUGAUACAAGUUUGAAAACUGUUUGUAUUGAUCUAUGUGAACGAUGGAACAAUGCCACAGACUUUACCAACUUCUCGCCUGCUGAUCUAAAUAACCUUUCUACAGGUCAAAAGAAAGAGUUCCUGACAUUGCUAUGUCUGAAGGAACCGUUGCCUGUUAAUAAAUUACAAGCCAUGGAGGAUGUCUAUAAAUUAAAUAAUGUCAGGAAUUCAGAAGUACGAUUCAAGUGGAUAAUGCUUGGAAUUAGAGCCAAGUGGACUUCUGUUCUACCUAGAGCAUUUGAAUUUAUUAAUGAACAAGGAAGAAUGAAGUUUGUUCGUCCAAUUUACAGAGCUUUAAAUGAAUGGACUGAAGUUAGACAAGAAACCAUUGGGAAUUUUAAUGCUAACAAAGACGAGAUGCAUACACUCACAUCGACACAGUUAGCUAAAGAUUUGGGACUAACAUCUUAAAGGUGUCCUGGGAAAAAUUCAAAUUUUCAGAAAUCAUACACUAUACACCAAACAGGCCGUAAUAUUUAGAUUAGUAAAAUUUUUCUUGAUUUAAAGGAGCUAAAUCGCUAACAUUUGGGACCUAGAAAUUCACAAAAGUGGGUCGCAACGCAUAUAAUACUGUAAUAUGAAUGUAUAUAAACUGAUUUACAUUUAAUGGUUUCCGUUUUUACUCCAAUUUCAAAUCAGUUAUGUUCGGCGAAAUAAGUCAGCAAUCUCAAUCGAGUGCAAAUUUCUAGCGUCUAGUUAUUCUAGUCUACAUAACUCCAUUUGAUUUGGUGCAAUGUGUCUAGCCUCGUCCCUCGAGUCUCUCAAUACAACUGGGGCUGAAGCGCAUUAUGGUACACGAUUCGUGUACCAAUGUUAAAAAAAUUAUUUUAUCUUAAAUAUGGGAUAUCAGAAGCUCAUCUUUUCCCGGUAAGUUUACAUCAUCAAUGUUGAUUUAAAUUGACCAAUAAUUUGUGUUUUCGAUGUCGAAAAUUUUGGAGGAUUUUGAGUUACGACUUAGGUCCUUUAAUAUGUGAUUAUUAAUUUUAUGUAGUUUCCAAUGUCGUCACACAUGACCAUCUCUUUCCCCACAAUUUGUUGUGGAUGGUCAAGAUUUGUCUCAUAUGAAAGAGCCCUGUCAUAAUUCAGUAUUUUGAAAAAGAACAACCUAAAUUAUUGGGCAGCAAUUUCUUAAACCUUUAGAAUGGAUUUGUCCAUUAGGACACAAGAAUGUGUAUAGAUUUUAAACAUCAAGUACCGUCUUUUUUAAGUCUUAAGUUUUGUUAUUUAUCAGUGGAGCUCUGUACGUGUUAUUAAAACUUUUGAGUUUUGAAAUUUGUUAAGGCUAAUUUUUAAAAAAAACAAAAAAACCCUGCUUCCACAAGUUACAAUUCGAUUUCGACCACAAAUCACAGAAUACCCUUCUCGUGUCCAUGUCGUUUUUUAAUAUAAUUUUGAAAACGGUAUGAAGGAGUUGUGGAUAUAAUUUGUUUAGAUAGUUAAUUAUGGAAACAAUUUUCUAAAAUGUAUAGAAGAAAAAAAUCCGUAAAAUUGUUGUUGAUUAUUUAAUAUACAAUAUACAUGUACAUCAAUUGUUAUGUUAUUAUUUUGUUGUCUAAAUUUAACUGAAAUUAAAAAUCAAAUAAAAUACUGAACCGUA